AUGACGGCGGUCUCCGAACAUAUGCAAAAACCUGCGUCAGCAUGGAAUACAAGGAAUCUCGGACUUCGACUAGGUGUCGACGUUGCCAGUGCAGCAUCUGCCGGCGCGUUAACAUGUCCACUGAUCACCAUUAUUGAUCGCGCGAUCAUCGAGAAAGCCUCGAAAGGAUUCCCCAUCCGCGACACUAUCACAAGUUGCCUCCGGUCCAUGAUCUCAAAACCGAGUGGAUUCUUCCUCACAACACCAUUCAUUCUCAUCUACACCCUAUACACAUCGACAUACCUAACCGCAAAUGUCAUCGAUACCGUCUCCUCCACCCUCCGCGAUCAAUCGUUUUCCACCGUAACAGCCGGUCCCGCCAAAUUCAUCUCUACAACCGUCGUAAACAUGGCCAUCUGCGUAUACAAGGACGCGCGCUUUGCUAAAAUCUUCGGCGCCAACCCUCCUCCCACCACCCCAGCCACACCCGGCCAAACCGCAACCCCAGAAGCAUCACCAAACACAAACGCAUCCAAAUACAGCUGCCACCCUCCAAUGACAGCAUCGGCUCCUAAAAUCCCCAAAAUCUCCUACGGCCUCUUCUGUCUCCGCGACAGCAUCACAAUCUUCGCUUCCUUCAACGUUCCCGCCCUAAUCGCCCCCUCAAUACCAGACUGGAUGGCCGAGACCGCGCGCAUGAAAUCCACUAUCGCUCAAUUCUCCUGUCCCGCGCUUAUGCAGUUCGCCAGUACACCCAUGCAUCUCCUCGGGUUGGAUCUGUAUAACCGUCAACCACCAGGUGGGAUGCCGUGGACGGAGCGCGCAGCGCGUAUUCGCAGAGAUUAUAUCUCCAGUUCGUUUGCGCGCAUGGGCAAGAUCGUUCCUGCUUACGGUGUUGGUGGUGUGGUGAAUGUGCGCAUGCGAGCUGCGCUGAUGGCGGGACUUGAGAGGAAGUAA